AUGGCAAGGUCACAAAGCCAUGAUUUCGCAUAUUUGCCUAGCGAUAUCUUCUGGAUGAUCCUAGCUUAUUUGGGAGCCGAAGAUAUUGUGCGUUGUCGUCGCGUCUCGCGCGCCUGGCAUGCCGCCCUUACCAACCCUGCUAUUCUCAUCCCAUUCUUGAAAAGAGAAUUUCCAUGGACAACGGAAGUCAAGAAGUUGAAUUCAAGCUCAGGGUCUGCAAAUCAAGAUUCAGCCCUUGAACUCUUCGAUCGAGUCGCUUCUCGAUGCCAUUCCCUGGAGCGAGGGAAACCCCGCUCUGUCCAAACGAUCCAACUAUGCAAUAACUUCGGCAGCACUGGAGAUCUUGAAUGGUACCAGGUGCAGCCAUGGGACUCUCACUCCAGCCAAAAAAAAAUAUUGGUUGACCGCCAGUUUCCAGAAGCUUUUUGGACUGUCGAGGACAACUUGCUUGUUUAUCCCAGCGCGGUGCACCAAUGUCUCGUACUGAGAGAUUUGGAAACGGACCGUCAGUUUAUGGUGCCAUUUAUCAUCACCGGCAAGGUCAUUCGCCGUGUCCGUCUGGCAAAACGACUACUUGUGAUUGAAUGGGCUGAACCAAAGGCCUUCCACUGGCUGAAUGAUAGUGAUGGCGUUCAUCGUCACUUCGCAUCAUCGUUCCAUGUCUCGAAAAACGCGAAUCAUGGCUGGAACAUCGCACCGCGUAAUGAGUGGAAAAUCAUGUUCUUGGGUCAUCCCUUGAGCGAUCGCGAUCGCUUCUUCUCUUCCCAUAACAAUACCCACUAUGUGAUCUAUAUCUGGCAACCCAACCGAAGCCUCUACACAGCAGAUGAAGACGCGCCCAUCGAAUCCUUAUUUGUUUGGGAUAUUUCCAAAGAAUCAUCCUACCGGCCAUCACUGGACCCCACAGGGCAGUUGAGAGAUCCUGAUACACCAGAUGAUUCACCGCACAUCGUUUCGCGAUUCAGCUUCCGGGAUUUGGAGUUCUUCGGUGUUCGUCAACGAGGCUGUCCCAGGAUCCAAAGACUGAGCAUAACAGAUGAUUCUAGGGCGAUAGAAAUCUCAGAAAGUGUGACCGUCCACCAAUCAGUACCAGCUCUACCUUUGUCGCCUUCUUUGAUGUCAGUCACUACAAGCAUCCCCUUGGCUAGACAUGGGCCCCAUUGGCAACGGGAAUGUGAGGGUGAAAUACCGCCAUAUCGUGGAAGCUUUGGCCUAAACCCCGAGAUGAUUGGUCACGAUAGGAUGAUACCUAUUCCAUUGUAUGAAAUGCUUGCCCAUGUCUCCACUGGCGAUGUUAGCUUUUGUCUUGAGUUUGAUCCUUUUCUGCGGAGUGCCGAUGAGGUCUUCCGGUUGACGAUCCAGACUCCUCGAUCCCGAUGUACGGAUGAUCAUCACGUUGACUUCGCGGGCAGAGGGAAGGUUGCGGGUUGUGAGCGGUAUCUGGUGGGCGAAAACAGCAAUCGGGAGCUGAUCAUCUACCGAUUCGAUAGAUAG